UGAAUUAAACAAGAGAACGGUUUCAACCGAAAGCAGCAGUAAGAAUUUACACAGUUAGUUUCAAAGCAUUGAAGUUGACGGUUGGCAAAUAAUCUUACAACAUGUCUAAACUACCCAUUAUUUUUAUCUGCCUUACUAUUAUUUAUACCGCAUCCGCCUUGCAAUGUUACCACUGUGUGGAUAAAGAGUGCGAGAAUCCCAUGAAGGAAUGGAAAACGCCGGCUUGUACCAAUAAUCCGAAAUCAUCGUGUUUGAAACACGUGUACAAGGAUGCAAACAACAAGGUGUGGACUACAAGGAAAUGUAUCAUCAUAGAUCCCAAAAUGAAACCUUGCAACGAUAAACUGGGCCAGGAGUUGAGUUGCACCACAUGCUCCGAGGAUCUGUGUAACUCAGCCUCCAAAACUUACGGACAAUACGCCCUUGUAGUCUCUAUAUUAGCUUUGUUCGUAUCAAAAAUUUUUUUCCAGUGAUUAAUUUAUAAAAAUUAUAUAUUUUUUUUUGUAAAUAGUAACCUGUACUUUUGUAUUUUUCGGACUGCAGUCUGUUUGUAUUGUUGUAAUUAUUAAAUAUUUUUAUUUGUU